UUCCAGGAUUAGCAUCAUGGGAAGGGAAAUCCAAUGGAUAUUGACAAUCGUGCCGUUCUGUUUGAUGGUAUAAGACGCCUACUGAGCGCCUGUGAGAUAUGAAUUUGGAAGUCCAGUUAUUCAUUGAACAGUUUGAACUCUCGGUGCGCUUAAGAAGUUCGAUUAUCGAUCCGUUAGUUCUUUGUUUCGAUUGGGAUUCUAGAGUCUAUAUAUCCGGCAUAUUAUCGAGGAUUGGUUUCGGUUCAUCAUAUUUUAUUUAUCCAUCCUUUUCAUAAAGUGUGGAAUAGACGUCUCUGUUUCUUUCCUUUGGGGUCGCUUUCCGCUUGGUUAUUUCUUGAAUUUCUUACUUCUUGUUGAGUCUUACGAAGCGCAGUUCUUAUUCAUCAUGGUUUCUUCGUCGUUUCUUUGGGCCAUCUUUGCUCUGGGAGCAACGGCUCUUCCGGCCCCUACCUAUACUUUUUCAUCCGGUGCUGCCCAUCCCGCCGAAAAACAAGUCAUAUCCGAAUACUUCGACAUGUUGGGUCAGAAAGUCCAAGCAGGAAGGAAAAUGUCUCAUGCUCCUGUGUGCAAUCUCAAUACCGCAGCUCAACCAGUUCUACAUCCAACACCUAUGCCCGAUCCAUCCACAGGUCUAAUCCUCAAGCACGUCGCCAUCGGUCGCGGAACUCAAAACUACACAUGCGGCACCAACGCAACAGCAGCACCCACCGCCGUCGGCGCAGUAGCAACCCUUUUCAACGCCUCUUGCGUAGCAGCAACCUAUCCUGAUCUCCUCGCCCUCCUCCCUAACGUCGCUCUCCAAUUCGAUCUCAACCUUGUUGCAUCCUCUACUCAAAAUCUCCAUCCCGCCGAUCUCAUGAUGAGCGGACAUCAUUUCUUCACCAAUUCCUCGACGCCAUUUUUCGACUUGAACACCAAGAAUUGGAAAUUAGGUCAAGGAGGAUUCGCAAAGAGCGACGCACUUGCUGCUCCGACCGGUGCAUCGGUGGGACAGAAUGGACAAGGCUUUGGAGCUGUCGCGUGGUUGAAAUUAGCAGCGAGAGAUGGGGCCACUGGGGGCUUGUCGGAGGUUUAUAGAGUCAAUACUGCGGGAGGAAACCCACCGACUACUUGUCAGGAUAAUCUAUCGAGUAGUUUCGAUGUGCAGUAUGCUGCUGAAUACUGGUUCUACGAGGAGGAAUAAAUAUCUAUCUAUAUCCCCAUCCAUCUACACAAACACACACGUACGCACACACACGCACGCAUACACAGAACAAAAUCUCAACUACACAUCACAACGAACGGAUGAAUCUACGGAGGGCCGAUCUAGAAAGAUGAAAAUCGGCGGACAUAAUGAAUUAUUUUCUUUACACUCAUUCAAUAUCACUGCAUAUGGGCGGCGUCCUGGUCUGCAUACCUAUUACUAUUUGAUUUGCUACGGUGGCUUUGGUACAUUUUUGGUUUCGAUAUCCCGCUGGAAAAAAGGAAGUCGUACAAUUCGAUUCGAUUUGACGGAACAGGUCAAGGAGCCUCAAGAAUAAUGAAAUAAAAUGAUUUUAAAAUCCGCUGUCUACUUCUUUCUUACUGACAUUGUUGAAACAAAAGGCUAUAUCGAAUG